AUGGCGAUCAAGAAAGCACCAACCUGUCUCGACCUCUGCGUGACCACAGAUGACUUCGAGGCGGCAGCGAAAGAGACUCUUUCUGAAAAGUCAUGGGUCUACGUGUCGAGCAGUGCUGCAUCAGGUCUGUCACACCAAUCAAACUUGGACGACUGGUCUCGCAUCAACUUCCGGCCUCGAAUCAUGAGAAACGUCAACUCUAUAGAUACAUCACGAAACAUCCUGGGUCGAAAGUCUAAGCUUCCAUUCUUCAUAUCGGCCAUGGGCACUCUAGGUAGUGUUCAUCCUGGUGCUGAGCCGUUGCUAGUUGAAGGUGCAACUCGCAACGGCGUGGAUGUGGUGAUCAGCACGGCCACGAGUAAGCCUUUGGAGGCGAUCAUGAAAGCUCAUCUGGAUGAGCAGGAAAGGUUGGGGAACUUGAGUCCGUCAAGACUGGCCUUCCAGUUAUACGUUCCGUCUGACCGGAUGAAGGCCAGAGAAUUGAUUCAAAGGGUCAAGGCUGCUGGGUAUCAGAGUCUAUGGAUCACCGUGGACUCUUCGACUCAAGGAAAGCGCACAGCCGAUCGUUAUCUGCAGGCUCAGGAGAAAUUGGAUCAAGGUGGAGAGGUGGUGAGAGAAGCUGCAGCGGACAACGCAUUCGGACCAGCGUUUGGUGGUCGUCCAACGGCCGGAUACCUACAUCCCGCCUUGAACUGGGAAGACCUGGCAUGGAUCUCGCAAGAAUGGAAAGGGCCUGUAGUCCUGAAGGGGGUCCAAAGUGUUGAGGAUGUAAGACUUGCUGUUCAGUACGGCGUGCAGGGCGUUUUGCUGAGCAAUCACGGUGGUCGUCAAAUCCAUUCGGCACCUAGCGCACUGAUGACACUCUUGGAGAUUCACACCUAUUACCCCGAAGCAUUCGACAAGCUGGAAGUUUUCUUGGAUGGUGGACUUCGCGAUGGUGCAGAUGUUCUCAAGGCGUUGUGUCUUGGGGCCACUGCCGUCGGUGUUGGGAGACCAUAUGGCUACGCUCUUGCGGCAUAUGGAGCAGAGGGGGUUGAUAAGUGCACGUCAAUCUUGACUGAGGAACUCGAGAUUUGCAUGAAGAUGCUCGGUGUUUCAUCGCUUCAACAGCUUCACCCUGAUAUGGUCAAUGCCACCCGAUUGUUGAGUGAAAUGUGGCGACCAAUGAGCGUGAGGCCGAGGUUGUAA